AUGGCGGAGCUCUCGAGAGGGCGGGUCCCAAUAUUAUUCCUCAAGACCAAGUCGGUACCGACCGAUACAUACGAAGAGCUGUUCUCUACCUGCGACAACAACCAAUAUGCGCCGGUGUUCGUCCCUGUCCUCGAACACAGGUUCAAGCGGGACGCCCUGGACAAUGUGCGCCAGCAUAUACUCAACCGAGGAUUGGUGCCGACAUCGCAAAAUGGUCUUGCAACAUAUGGAGCCCUGAUUUUCACCUCACAGCGGGCCGUAGAAGCCUUUAAUGAAGUUGUCGAAGGUAUUCGUGAAGAAGGCGUUCAUCCAGUCGACGAGUUGCUACCUGAAAGCUUGCCCCUCUAUGUCGUUGGACCAGCUACCGCGCGUGGACUACGCGCAUUGGAUUUACGUUGUCCUAUCCUAGGCGAAGAGACUGGAAAUGGGGAAGCCCUGGCAGGGUUCAUACUGGAGCACUACAAUACUCUGUAUCCUCAUGUCUCGAACCCCCCGAUCCUGUUCAUGGUGGGUGACAAGAGAAGAGACAUCAUACCGAAGACCCUGCAGUCGGAAAAGCUGCCUUCAGAUAAGAGCGCCAGAGUGAAUGAACUCGUGAUCUACGAGACAGGCGAAAUGCAGUCGUUUAAGACCGACUUCACCAGGAUAUGGCAGAAGAACGCAGGUAGCGGAUCGACACGCCAGUGGAUUGUGGUCUUCUCACCGACUGGCUGCCAGGCACUGCUUGAGAGUUUGAACCUGUUGGACGCUGCAACCGGCAAAAGCAAGAAGGACAACGGUUCCAGAGAUACCCGGAUCGUAACCAUUGGCCCCACGACCCGCGACUACCUAAUCACCGAAUUUGAUUUCACGCCUGAUGUCGUUGCUCAGAAGCCAAGUCCGGAAGGAAUUGCUGAAGGCAUAAGAGCAUACCUGAGGUCACAGCUCUCAGUCCAUCCAACUGACUCCUCUACAGUACUUUCCCAAUUCUACCCUUCACAUACCGGAUACAUCACCGUAAUGGCAGCCACACGCUCUUCGACCCAUAACGGCAGUGACACGUCGAGCCCAGCUAAGAACAACGAUGCUGCUGUAGCUGGGGCCAAGCGAAAGGCGGAGGCAGACGUCGACGCUGGGACAUCUCCCAAGAGAGGUCGCAAGGCGCCGAAGAACCAGCCAACAAUCGAUAGUAUGCUCGAGCACGAAGACAAUACCAAGGCCGACAAUGACGCUGAGAUGCGAGAAGCGGCACAGGAUGUGGUGAAGGAUGCCGAAAACGAAACGGACGAGAUUAAGUCGAGCGAGCAGCCAUUGAAGGAUAAAAGCGAAAAUGCUACCAAGGAAGAGGACACAGAUCAGAAGGACACCAAUGAUCAAGAAGGUGGUGGCAAGACGAAGCCGUCUUCUAAUAACAAGCCUGAGCAAGCGGUUGCGAAGGUUGAAACCAACGGUGACGGCGCAACGAAAUCGUCUUCUGACAACAAGGUCGAGCAAGUGGUUGCGAAGCCCGAAACCAAUGGUGACGGCGCAAUUGAGCUAUCAUCACAGCGUGAGAAGAAGAUGCCGUCCAAUAUUCUCGAGAAGGGAGUCAUCUACUUCUUCACACGCAACCGUGUCAGUGUCGACGAGGCUGAGAGUGUUGGCGACCUCCAGCGUACAUUCUUCGUGCUUCGACCUAUACCUGCAGGGGCCAGGCUUGGCGAUGGUGCUGUGCAAGACCUCAAGAACAACCGCCUGUUCGCGCUACCCAAGAAGGUGUUUCCCAAAUCUCACAACGACCGCUUCAUGGCGUUUGUGGAGAAGGCCAACACAAGCAUCCAGGACCUGAAGGACAACUUCUUCCAGGGGUCAGAGUACAACACCCAGACGCAAGGCACCCGCCGCAACGAUCCUGUCACACCGGUUGCAGAGGGUGUGUACCUCAUCACGCGCACCGACGACGCUACCACGCACCUCGUGUACUCUACCACUAUCCCGUCCGAGAUGGGUGAGGUUCAGGAGGAUCUUGGCAUCAAGGAUCAGGGCAGCUUCGUCAUCAGUGUGAAGAACCCGGAGCGAAGCGGCCCAGCGAACGCUUCUCUCCCUCAAAAACCCGACUUCUCCAAAGAGAUAAUCGAAGAGUUCCGCGGUCUUGCGUGGUCAGAGGUCAAGCCAAAGUACCUCGACCACGAGUACUGUCAGAUCCUGCUCAUCGGCGAGGACACCGACAAGGCCGUCGAGGCCACGAAGAAGAACGAGAGACACGGCAAGGCGACAGCGAAAGAAGAAAUUGAGCAGCUCGAGCACGAAGACGAGGUCCGUGUGCAGCACCUCAAAGGCGACGACUCAGUAUUCGAGGACCUGAAGAUUAGCAAAGACGACUACCCCAAGGUGCCGACCACCUGGUAG